GUGGGAGUCUCAGAGCAGGCCCGGGGCUCUGACUCUCUGAUCCCACCUGCGCCAUGGCUACGCUGAGCCUGAAGCCGAGUGAGCGCUACCAGUUGUCAGACUGGCACAACAACAGCUACCUGCUGUCCACCAAUGCCGAGCAGCAGAGAGAAGCAUCCUAUCAGAUCCGCCAGGAGGCCCGAGUUCUCCGAAAUGAGACCAACAACCAGACCAUUUGGGAUGAACGUGACAAUCAGGACCGCCUGGCAGAGAGGAUUGAUACUGUCAACCGCAUGAAGGAGAAGCUGGACAAGUGUCUGACAGACUUAGAUGCAGAGAUGGAUGCCCUGGCUCAUAUUAAAGAGUCAGCAGAGCAGAACCUGCAGGCCAAGAACCUGCCUAUGGACGUGGCCAUUGAGUGCCUGACCCUGCGGGAGAGCCGGCGAGACAUUGACGUGGUGAACGACUCUGUAGAGCAGCAGCUGCACAAGGAGGUGGCAGUGAUUGAGGCCACCAAGAAGGCCUUGCAAACAAAGGUCACCCUGGCCUUUGAGCAGCUCUGCCUCCUGCAGGAAGUCAGGCAGCAGCUCAACUCCGACCAUCGGGACAAAAUGGAGGCCCUGGAUAUAGACCGAGGCUGCCUUUCUCUUACCCUGCAGUCCCCAAACCUCUCCCUGAAGGCCAACCCAACUCGGGUCCCUGAUAACACCUCCUCCCUCCAGCAGUGGGACGAAUUCAGCCAAUUUAUUAUAAAUCGAGCCGAGACUGAGAUGAAACACUCCGUGGAGCUUCGUGAGGCCAUAGUCCUGACCAUCGCUGAGACCAACAAUGAACUCGAAGCCCAGAGAGUAGCCACGGAAUUUACUUUCAGGAAGCGGCUGCGGGAGAUUGAGAAGCUAUACAGUGAGCUCAAGUGGCAGGAAAAGAAUUCCUUGGAGGAGAUAGCUGACAUGCAGCAGGACAUCCGGCACCUGGAGGACGAUCUCCAAAGAAAGAUGCUCAACUUGAAGCUGUGCCACACCCGGCUAGAGUCCAGAACCUAUCGGCCCAACUUGGAGCUCUGCAGGGACCAGGCCCAGUACGGCCUGAGUGAUGAGGUUUGUCAGUUAGAAGAAACCAUCAAAAUCCUGAAGCAGAAGCUGGCACAGACACAGGAUGCUUUGGACUCGCUCUUCAAGCACCUGGCCCAUCUGCAAGCUGACAUCGCCUGCAAGGCCAACACUUUGCUGCUGGACACCAAGUGCAUGGACACCCGCCGCAAGCUAGUCGUGCCCGCUGAGAAGUUUGUGCCUGAGGUGGACACCUUCACCCGCACCACAAACCGCGUCCUCAGUCCCCUCAAGAAGUGCUACCUAGAGCAGACCUAAUGUCAUGGGGCUGAGGAAGAUCAGGAGGGCAAGGUGGGCAAGGGAGGGAGGCAGGUGGACAAAUGGAAUCUAAUAAAUGUUAAAUUUCUCAAUCUAGAA